UCAGAGGAAGAUGCCCAUCCUCAAACAGGUGAGCAGGGCUGUCAGCCAGGCGCUGCAGAGCUUGGGCUGCGGCUGCGGGAUGUCCAUCGUGCCGGUGCGCUGCAUCGGAGUCUCCCCUCGCCAAGUGGCUUCCGACGCCGGCUUCCACUCGGUGACGUUCGCUGAGACCGACCAUCCUCGGGUGCUGAUCACAGGUGGUCUUGGCCAACUUGGAGUAGGACUUGCUAAGCUUCUGAGGAAACGCUUUGGGAAGAACAAUGUGAUUCUGUCUGACAUUAGGAAGCCUGCAGACAAUGUUUUCUACAGUGGCCCUUUCAUCUACGCAGACAUCUUGGACUACAAGAACUUACGUGAGAUAGUGGUGAACAAUCGGAUCACCUGGCUCUUCCACUACAGUGCUUUGCUCAGUGCUGUUGGAGAAGCAAAUGUCCCUUUGGCCAGAGCUGUCAACAUCACUGGUUUACACAACAUCCUGGAUAUCGCAGCUGAGCAUAACUUGAGGCUCUUUGUUCCAAGCACUAUUGGAGCCUUUGGACCCACCUCUCCUCGAGAUCCAACGCCUGACCUCUGCAUUCAGAGACCAAGGACAAUCUAUGGAGUCUCCAAGGUUCACGCUGAGCUCAUGGGAGAAUACUACCACUACCGGUAUGGCCUAGACUUCCGCUGCCUGAGGUACCCAGGAAUUAUCUCUGCUGACUCUCAGCCUGGUGGGGGAACAACUGAUUAUGCUGUCCAGAUUUUCCAUGAUGCCAUCAAGACAGGCAAAUUUCAGUGCAACCUGAAGCCAGACACUCGUCUCCCCAUGAUGUACAUUGAUGACUGCCUGAAAGCCACUCUGGAGGUCAUGGAGGCCCCCGCAGAGGCACUGAGCAUGCGGACGUACAACAUCAGUGCCAUGAGCUUCACUCCUGAAGAGCUGGCUCAAGAGGUGCAGAAGCAUAUUCCUGAGCUUGAGGUGACCUACAAUGUGGAUAAAGUCAGGCAGGCCAUAGCUGACAGCUGGCCGAUGAACUUUGAUGACAGGAACGCCCGGAGGGAUUGGGGUUGGAAACAUGAUUAUGAUCUCCCUGAGCUGGUGACUACGAUGUUUAGCUUCCUUGGGUCUGACUCCAGGAUUGCUCAAGCUAACUGAAAUACUUUGUAAGAGGUUUCCAGAUUUCCACAGCGGACCAGGAAAGAAAUGGCUAACUUAGUUUAUCGUUUCCAGAGUCUUAGAGCAUGUCAGUUGUUAGGGGUUUUGGGGGUUGGUUUUUUUUAAGUAGCAGUAGAGCUGGGCAGAAACACACAGUAGCUGGAAUGUGCUGGUAGAUAAGCAACAUCAUUUGGUGCAGGCUCCAAGUUCAGCACCAAUGAGAAACAGAAAGAAUUCUUGAACUUUCACACUGAAGCAGCCAGGGAGGGGGGAAAAAAAGGCACUUCCUCCUGGCUGCUGACUCUCCAAUCAUUCCUGCUGCCUGCCUCUUCUUUGGCAAAGAACACAGGGCAAACCUGGGAGUUUUGGGCCUAUCCCGCAAAGUUAACCAAGGGGUUUGCAUUUUGCUGGUGGAGGAUGUUAGGUCAUAGGAAGGUAUGAUCCUUUCUUCUCUUUGCUUACAAAAGAGAGGUCAGUAGAGCUCCUUUAGGGUUCCGGAUUGCAGGGGUCGUUGCAAUGCUAGUUUGAAAUCAAACUUGGGUGGCUAGCUCCUAUUUAUGUAUAGAUAUAUAAGUGUAUAGUGCUGUAUAAACAUGCUCUUUUCUAUACACAGGGCAUAGAAAGCAGCCUUAUUCUUACAGUGCUUAGAAAUGUGAAGGGGAAUAGGACUUGAACUCUCUUUAUGCUUUAAGAAAAUCCCCCACAGUUUACAAGCUAAGCUUUGUCCUGCUCCAUGAAAGCGCUGCUGCCUUCAGUUUAAGCCCGGAGGCAGAGGUGAAAUCCGCAGACUGCGACGUGUAUGUGAACUUUCAAGCAGCUGAUGCCCAGGUAUGGGGUCAAUAACACUACUCUUGGUUAUCCCAGUUGUUUGCUGAGCUGACAGGAGGACAUAACUGCCUGGAGCAAGUUUGAAAGGUGGGCCGAUGGUGGAGCCUCACGGUAGGGUCAGGCCAGCCUCUGAAAGCUGUUUGCGUUCACCA